AUCUCUAAAAUCUUUUUCGACCCAUUCAAACCCGACCCAUUUCCAAAUUCGCGCUACCUCGAUUUGUCCACCCUUCCAAAAGGAAAAGCUAAAAUGUCAGUGUGGCAAAGAAAGAAGAAAAUUUAGGAAAUGGAAGGAGCUAAACAAGAAAUUCCGAUGAUCGAAAAAUGGCUGAAUCAACACCGUGAGCUAUAUACCGCUGCCACAAGACACCCAUUUACUCUGAGCAUCCGUGAUGGGUCUGUUGACCUUUCCGCCUUCAAAAGAUGGCUGGGGCAAGAUUAUAUAUUUGUUAGAGCCUUUGUCCCUUUCGUAGCAAGUUUACUGCUGAAAUCUUGGAAGGAGUCGGAUGAUGAUUCAGACAUAGAGGUUAUCUUAGGCGGUGUCGCGGCACUGAAUGAUGAGAUAUCAUGGUUCAAGAGAGAAGCAUCUAAAUGGAAUGUUUUGCUGUCCAGUAUUGUUCCUCAAAAGGCCAACCUGGAAUAUUGCAGAUUUUUGGAGAGCCUAAUGAGCCCUGAAGUGGAAUAUACUGUUGCCGUUACAGCCUUUUGGGCAAUUGAAGUUGUGUAUCAAGAAAGUUAUGCCCAUUGUUUAGCAGAUGGCUCUAAAACUUCAGAAGAACUAAAAAAGACUUGUCAAAGAUGGGGCAAUGAUGAUUUUGGUCAGUAUUGUCGUUCUCUUCAAGAUAUAGCUAAUCGUCGUCUUGAGAAGUCACCAGAAGAUAUCAUCUCAAAAGCUGAGGCAAUUGUUAUACGUGUGCUGGAGUAUGAAGUUGAGUUUUGGAACAUGAGUCGCGGGGAAAACUGAGUGCCUCUUGGCUGACCGUCAUUCAUGAGUCGCAAGGAAAACUGAGUUCAUGUGGUUUAGAAGUCUAUUCCAUCUAUAAACUAGGAUGAUAUGUUGUACUCUAUAUAGAUAUAUUGUACUCUAGAUAGAAACAUGCUAACAUCUUAUAGCAAUAAAUUCUACUUUGGCACAUUUUUGGCCUCACUAGGAUCACUCCUGGAAAUGUGUAUUUCAUGCCUUUAUGUGAA